AUGGCCACUCUCAGUGUACUUCCGUUCGAUGCAGAGGGCCGUCCGAUACAGUUCGACGCGUGGCUAGAUGACCUGCAGCUGUACUUACUGAGCAAUUCUAGGGAUGGUGUCUCACUGUUUGACCUCAUGUUUGGCGCCUCUCUCGCCCCUCCCAACACAGCUGACAGUGCGAUUCGCUCACAGUGGCUUACCCGUGAUGCUGCUGCUCGCCUAGCCGUUCGCAACCACCUGCCGUUAGCUGGGCGUGCUCACUUUGGCCAGCACAAGAUUGCUAGAGCCCUGUACGAUGCUGUAGUCGCUCGUUACUCCUCCCCGGCCACUGCUGUUCUAGGCCGUCUUAUACUGCCCUACCUGUUCCCAGAGGUGUCCGCCUUUGCUGCAGUCGCCGACCUCGUCACUCACCUUCGCACUAGUGACGUCCGCUACCGAGCCGCGCUUCCCGCCGAGUUUCUAGCCAAGAACCCUCCUCCCAUGUACAUCACGCUCUACUGCAUCGUCACCUGCCUCCCUAACUCUCUUAGCGCAGUCAUGGACCUCCUUCUCGCCCUUGACCCCACAGCCCUCACUGUCGACUUGCUCGAGAAGCACCUCCUUGCAGCUGAGACUAGCAUAGUCGCUGUAGGCGCUUCUCGUGGCACUCCUCACACUCCCUUCUUUGAGGGGUGUUCCCCCUCCCCCCUUGUCCCCUCUAUCGCUUCUGCUGCUGCUGUUGACUUCCUUCGUGCUGAGGAGGUCAGGGCUGCGUCUGCUCCUAGUGGGAGGCGCCGCAGCGGCAGGGGCAAGGGAGGCCAGGGUGGUGGGGGUGGGAGCGGUGGAGGCGGUGGUGGGGGCGGUGGAGGCGGUGGAGGUGGCGGUGGUGGCGGAGGGAGUGGUGGUGGGAGUGGAGGUGUUGGUGGCGGUGGUGGUGGCGGCGGUGGUGGCGGCAGUGGGGGUGGUGGCGGCGGCAGUGGUGGCGGCAGUGGGAGUGGUGGCGGUAGCAGUGGUGGCGGUCGGGGUGGAGCUGGUCAGAGGGGAGGUUUUGGCGGUGGCCAGAGGCAGCAGCAGCAGCGUCCGAGCGAGACCCCUUCGCCCCAGCAGCUUCGUGAGUGGUUUGCUCAGCGUGGGGCGUCUGGGGGUAGUGGUCGCUGCCCGUAUGUCAUUCGCACAGGUGUCCGCACUGGUCAGACAUGCGGGAAGCUUCAUACCCAGUACCGCUGCUUCUCCCGUCUUGACGACGCCUUUCGCGCAGAGUUUCCCGACGCGACUGAGCUCCCCCGCUGGGCAGAGCUACCUAGGCAGGGUGUUGAUAUCUUUGCUCUUGACAAUGAUGCUAUCCUUGCUGCCAUCUAUGCAUUGACUAUUAGUGCUGAGGGUGACUGUUACUUGUGUAUGCCGCCCGACCCGGGUAUAGAGGCUGCUGCUUUAAGUGCUAGUGAGUCCUCUCUCCCUGGUACUGCACCUGCUGAGGCCUUGCACACCUUCACGCUUGACUCAGGUCUCUCCCUGCCCUCCCGCGCUCGCCUGCUCCGCUCUGCCUUCCUUGCGUCGAGGGGCGGCAGCGCGCCGCUCCUCACUCCUCCUUGUUUCCCCCGACAGAGGCUCCCCUGCAGACUAUUCACAUGGACGUGUGGGGCCCAGCCCACGUCCGUGGACAGGGCCGCGAGCGGUACUCUCUGCUGA